AUGAAGCUUCAUAGCCGCAACUUACGUGCACUGCAAUAUUGCACGGCAUGCCUUGGAGUCAUUCUUCUCUUUUCUGCUGCUGCCGCUGCUCCAACAAACGAGACUGAUCGUUUGGCUUUGCUCAAAUUCAAAGAAUUGUUACCCAUUGACCCAUUUAACGUCUUCCUCUCUUGGAAUGAUUCCAUCCACUUCUGCCGCUGGCACGGAAUUACAUGCAGCCGGAAGCAUCAAAGAGUUACGGCCUUGGACCUACGUGGCAAUUCGUUAAGUGGAUCAAUUUCACCUUUCAUCGGCAACCUCAGCUUCCUUAGGGUGGUCAACCUCUCAGACAACUUGUUACAAGAUGAAAUUCCACGACAAGUCACUCAUCUAUUCCGGCUGCAGCGUCUCGAUCUUAGCAAUAACUCAUUGACAGGGGAAAUUCCAAGCAACUUCUCCAACUGUCCUGAACUAAGAUAUAUCCACUUUUUUAGGAACCAGCUUAUUGGGAGAAUUCCCAUUGAGCUCGGCUCAUUGUUGAAGCUCGUAAGCCUUGAUGUUUUCCAAAAUAACUUGACAGGAGGCAUCCCGCCUUCUUUGGGGAAUAUUUCUUCGCUCCAAAAACUCGACCUUUCGCUCAAUAAUCUCGUGGGAAUUAUUCCAGAUGAAAUUGCUCAUUUGCAAAGGUUAGUUUACUUUGAAGUUGUGGUCAAUAAUCUUUUUGGUACGUUCCCGUAUUCCCUUUACAAUAUAUCAACUUUGAAGAUCAUUUUGACCGGAGAAAACCAACUUAAUGGCACUCUUCCAUCCAACAUAGGCCUCACUCUCCCUAAUCUCCAACAAUUCGGCAUCAUAAACAACCAAUUCUUUGGUCCAAUCCCACUUUCACUAUCCAAUUUUUCUCGGAUGGAAAAACUUGGUCUUGCCGGAAACCAUUUUGUGGGACAAGUUCCAACUGAUCUAGGAAACCUGCUAAAUCUCCAGUUGCUAGAUAUUGGAUUGAAUAAUCUUGGAAGUAAUUCAUCCAAGGACUUAGAUUUCUUAACAUCUUUGGGAAAUUGCACCGAACUGGAAAAGCUAGAUUUUUCUGAAUGCAAUUUUGGAGGUAGUUUACCCAAUUCUAUAGGAAAUUUGUCAAAGCAACUCAGCUUUUUAAAUAUUGGUUUCAAUCAAAUAUCUGGAAUUAUUCCUGCAGCAUUAGAGAAUCUCAUCAACUUAACUACCCUCUACAUGGCGGAAAACCUCUUCACAGGCACCAUUCCCACUUAUUUUGGCAAGUUACAUAAGCUGCAAGCAUUGGUUAUGUUUGGAAACAGAUUGUCGGGGCACAUACCAUCCUCUCUAGGUAACCUCACUCAAUUGGCCCAAUUGUAUUCAUAUGAGAACAAUUUGGAAGGGAGCAUUCCAUCAAGUUUAGGAAGCUGCAAAAAUUUGCAAUUCUUAUCAAUUUCUGAAAAUAACCUUAGUGGAGCCAUACCCAAAACGAUUCUUUCUUCCCAAUUACUAGGACUCUACUUAUCACACAACUCCUUGACAGGCACCCUACCCGUGGAAGUAGGCAAUUUGAAAAAUAUUUUGCACUUGGAUGUCGCUGAAAACAAUUUGUUUGGUGAGAUUCCCACAGCCAUUGGAGAUUGCUCGAGUUUGCAAAAACUUUACUUGGAGGGUAAUUCAUUUGAAGGAAACAUACCUCUAUCUCUAGCUUCCUUGAAAGACUUUCACUAUGCAGAUCUUUCACGAAACCAUUUGUCGGGAACAAUUCCUAAAGAUCUACAAAAUGUCUCUGUUCUACGGCAUUUGAAUCUUUCAUUUAAUAAUUUGGUAGGCGAGGUGCCAAUGGAGGGAGUAUUCCAAAAUGCUAGUGCAAUAUCAGUGAUAGGAAAUAAAAAGCUUUGUGGAGGUAUCCCAGAACUGCAACUGCAAGCAUGUGAAAUAUUCAAAGUUAUGAAGCAAGGAAAAUCUCAUGUAUUCAAAUUAUCUGCCAUCAUUGUUAGUGGGGUUUUAUGUUUCCUUCUACUUUCAUCCUUUCUUGUCCUUCAUAGGAGGAGAAAAUCAAAAAAAGAAUCAUCUUCUACACUCCCCAAAACCAACAAACUUUCAAAUGUUUCAUACAAGGAGCUCUAUCAAACGACUGGCGGAUUUUCUCCUAACAAUUUAAUUGGAUCCGGUAGUUUUGGCUCUGUAUAUAAAGGAAUUCUUGAGAAGGAAAAAAAGACAGUUGCUGUGAAAGUAUUGAACCUUCAACAAAAAGGAGCUUCCAAGAGUUUCAUGGCCGAAUGCAAUGCGUUAAGAAAUAUACGACAUCGUAAUCUCGUUAAGAUCUUAACUUGUUGCUCCAGCAUGGACUAUAAUGGCAAUGAAUUCAAAGCUCUGGUUUAUGAAUUCAUGGCAAAUGGAAACUUAGACAAGUGGCUGCACCAAGAUAGAGACAAUGAAAAUCCACCAAGAUAUUUGAAUCUUCUUCAAAGACUUAAUAUUGCAAUUGAUGUAGCUUCUGCACUACAUUAUCUUCAUGAUCAUUGCGAAACACCAAUCAUUCAUUGCGAUUUAAAGCCAAGCAAUGUUCUUCUUGAAGAUGGCAUGAUUGCUAAAGUAAGUGAUUUUGGUUUGGCAAGAAUCCUCUCUACAUCAAAUGAUGUUUCUCAAAAUCAAACUAGCACGAUUGGAAUAAAGGGUACUAUUGGCUACGCUGCUCCAGAAUAUGGAAUGGGUGGUGAGGUAUCAACACAAGGAGAUGUUCAUAGUUAUGGGAUUUUUGUGUUGGAGAUGUUCACGAGAAAGAGACCCACUGACAAAAUGUUCAAAGAUGGUUUCAACCUUCAUAACUUCGUUAAUAUGGGAUUGCCAGAAAAACUUGUGCAAAUUGUGGACCCAAAUCUUCUCACGAGAGAAGUAAAUGAAUUGGCAAUUGCAAUUGAAGAAGAUGGCCACAACAACGAUGGCCACAGUGAUACUGAGAUAGCAGAAGAAAGAGUCCAUGUUAUGAAUUUAAGCCAGAUGAAUUCUAAUAUGCAAAAGUGCCUACUUUCAGUUUUUAAGAUAGGCCUUGCUUGUUCACUAGAAUUGCCGAGAGAAAGAAUGAAUAUGGGGGAUGUCACCAGGGAAUUAUGUCGGAUCAAAAAUGCUUUUCUACAGGUUGGGCUCCAUGAAUAA